AGACUCUCGAGAUUCUCAGGAAAGGACCUCGAGAAAUACGCCCGCACCAGUACGUCAUAAAAGAAGCAUGGGUGGGCCCAACAACGGCCUUAAAUGCAGCACAUAACACAGCUGCAAGACACCGAAUCUCUGCGGGUGCAGACAGACAGACAGACAAAGUAGCUGAUCAGCUCGGCUCUACACACCCACUCUCACCCAUUCUCACCCACCGUACAUCCUUACAGCUCCUAACAUGGCUGGUGCAUAAAGCACUGUACACUCACGCAAUGAAUCAGAAAGGAAAACAACCUUGCACCGCACAGUCACACAUGCAGCCAGUCAGGCGGCCGGGAAAAGCAAUAAUCACAUCCGAUCGAUGAAAGCAACAGCGAUGAGGCCGAGAGCCACCGCCAGCCGCACCCCACCCGCACCAACAGGUAUCGACUCACCACUGGUCGACUCCUCUGACUCCCUCUGCGUCCCGCCAAAGGCCACCUCAUAGACCUCAUCAUCUCCGCCCACCACGCCCGUCCUCUGAUCCUCAUCGGUGCACGGCUGGCACGACCCUCCGCAGUCCACUCCCAGCUCGUUGCCAUUCUGCAGACCGUCGUCACACAACCGGUACUCCUGUGCAUACACACAAUCAUUGGCGCAGCGGGACGGAGAGCGAAAUACACGGGUCGAUCAUACAGUACUGUGUUCUUCUUGUCUGCUGACCGACCUCCACUGUGUCGUAGAUGGGGUGUGUGGGGGGCUUCUCGUUGCUGUCGAGCCGCCCCUGGCCGCCGAAGAUGUACACACUGUCGCCGUAGGCCGCACCGGCGAACCGCAUGCGCUCAGAGGGGAUGGGCCGCAUCUGGGUCCACUCGUCGUCCUUCGGCGAAUAGCUCUCCACGUCGUUGACAGGGACGGACAGCUUCUCGCACUUGGAGGGGUCGGAGUGCUUCUGUUCCCCACCGAUCACCAUGAAAUGACCAUUCAGCGCCACACCACUGCAACCAACCAACACACAAACACACAAACACACACACACACAAGAAAAAGAAUAUGGACAAUUGUGGGUUCGGUUCCUGAGCUGCAUUUCAUUCAUGCAUGUAUUUGUCUGUGUGCGUACGCUUUGUCGGCUCGUGGCGUGUCCAUGGCCUUGAGCUCUCGCCAGUCGUUGUCGGGCGGCGGAUCAAACACCUCCAGCGAGUCCAGGGGGUGGCAGAAGUCGCUUGCAAACCCUCCAAACACAUAGCCCUUCCCGCCGAUGGUCACUGCCGUGAAGUCGCCCCUCGCACUGCCCAUCGGCGGCCCCUUGGUCCACGAACGGUUGCCCGUGUGGAAGAUCUGGUGUGCGUUGAGGGUGGAGUAGUGCCUAUCGUAGCCGCCCACCACAUGGAUGGCCGAGUCGAGUAGGAAGGCCGCCAAGUCGCUGGAGGGGAUCGGCAUGUCGUGGGGCGACGAUAGAGUCUCCCUGAAACGGGGAGAGAAAAUUGCAGCAGAUAUCAUAUGAGCACGGACAGAGGCCGGCCGGCGCAUCCAUCGAUGUGGCAGCCUACCAAGUGCCAGUGGAUGUGUCGUACACGUCCACCUCUGCAAUGAGCUCGUCUGUGGUACUCCGCCCGCCAAUGAGAUAAAGCUGCCCGCCCAGUGCCGCCGCUGCGUGGCGAUAGCGUGGUCGGGGGGCAGACGGCAGGGCGCCCCAGCUGUCCAGAUCUGACGCACGCACGACAGCAUCUCGAUGGAUGGGCGAGUGGCAUAGUUUUUCGUCGGUCAUGCAUUGGUUGCUCACCGGGUGUGUAGGCGUGCACUUCUCGAGUGACGUUGGGGCAGAAGCAGUAGAGGUCUUCACGGUCGGGGCAGACCUGGCCCUCCACGCAGCCGCCCACACACAGAAUGGACUGGUCAACCGUCGUGCAGGUGAAGUCGCUGCAGACAGACAUCACGUCGGUCGCAUUCAUCAUACGCUCUUUGGAUGCUCGGAUCUGUGUGCUGCCUUUGCUUUGUGUGCCCACCUCGUGGGCAUCGGCAUCGGUGUUCUUUUGUUCCAUUUGUCUUUCUGCGCCACUGGAGUCACCGCCAGCAGGGCGACGGUGACAAUUACACCCAGCAACCUCAUCGUUCUUGUGUGCGAGCUUGUGCAGUGCUCUGUAUUUUGCC